GCAGUAAUGCAUUUCUGUAUGCAAAUACUAUGUUGUGAACGCCAUCUUGAAUCGGAUAGGAGAGAGUAGCUGUUUUAUCUAGAAAAUAUCGUAUCAAUAGAGUGCCAUCAACGGCACAUUUACUUUUGUUUUACUGUAGGUGAGCCCGAAGAUGGCUUCUACAGACAGUAAGCUUUCGACGACGGAAAGGAUUGUCAAAAGUGUACCCUUUCCCCCUAGUCAUAAGCUUACUAUGAGUGAAGUAUUUGAUGCCAAAGGUAAACCAAGGCCAGAUGUUUUAAAACAACAUUUUAUCUUAGAAGGUAGAGUAACAGAAGAUGUAGGAAUAAGACUGAUCAAUGAAGGAGCUGCUUUAUUACGACAAGAAAAGACAAUGAUAGAAAUAGAAGCACCUGUAACAGUAUGUGGUGAUAUUCACGGUCAGUUUUAUGACUUAAUGAAAUUAUUUGAAGUUGGUGGCCCACCUUCAACAACUCGCUACCUCUUCCUAGGAGACUAUGUAGACAGAGGUUACUUUAGCAUAGAGUGUGUAUUAUAUUUAUGGGCUUUGAAAAUACUGUAUCCCAACACAUUUUUUCUUUUACGAGGAAACCACGAAUGUAGACAUCUAACAGAAUAUUUCACAUUUAAACAAGAAUGUAAAAUAAAAUACACAGAAAGAGUAUAUGAUGCGUGUAUGGAAGCCUUCGAUUGUCUGCCAUUAGCAGCUUUAAUGAAUCAACAGUUUAUCUGUGUUCAUGGUGGAUUAUCACCAGAAAUACACACAUUAGAAGAUAUUAGAAAGUUGGAUAGAUUUAAAGAACCACCUGCGUUUGGUCCCAUGUGUGAUUUGCUGUGGUCUGAUCCUUUAGAGGAUUUUGGAAAUGAAAAAACAUCUGAACACUUUACACACAAUACUGUUAGGGGUUGCUCAUAUUUCUACAGCUAUGCAGCAUGUUGUGAUUUCUUACAACAGAACAACUUGUUGUCUAUUAUAAGAGCACAUGAAGCCCAAGAUGCUGGGUAUCGUAUGUAUAGGAAAAGCCAGACUACCGGUUUUCCAUCUUUGAUAACAAUAUUUUCAGCACCGAACUAUCUGGAUGUUUAUAAUAAUAAGGCUGCCAUUCUUAAAUACGAAAACAAUGUAAUGAAUAUAAGGCAAUUUAAUUGUUCUCCUCAUCCAUAUUGGUUACCAAAUUUUAUGGAUGUGUUCACAUGGUCAUUACCAUUUGUAGGAGAAAAAGUAACUGAAAUGCUAGUUAACAUUCUCAAUAUUUGUUCUGAUGAUGAACUGAUGACAGAAGGAGAUGAAAAUGUUGAUGAUCCAAAGGAUAAACACUCUGUUGCAGCAGUUGAAGCAAGAAAAGAUGUUAUCAGAAACAAAAUUAGAGCCAUUGGCAAGAUGGCUAGAGUGUUCACAGUUCUCCGAGAAGAGAGUGAAAGUGUUCUACAAUUAAAAGGUUUAACACCAAAUGGUCUAUUGCCUCUAGGAGCUUUAUCAGGGGGUAAAGAAACACUUAGUACAGCUUUGAGUGGAUUUUCUCCUACGCACAAGAUCAGUGGUUUUGAAGAGGCUAAAUGUUUAGAUAAAAUGAAUGAACGUAUGCCACCUCGUAAGGAGGCUUUGAAUUCUAACAAUAAAGAUAAGGCAUAAAAAAGGCUGUUUUUAAAAAUAAAUAAAAAUAGAUAAAAAAAAAAAAAAAAUCUGGAUGGAAGGGGCUACAUGUGUGAAGUCCCUGUCGAUCAGUCACUUGUGCGCCACAGGAAGCUGGCUUCCUUGCUUAUUGACCCCAUGUACAUGAUAAAUGUAGAUUUCUUUUUUCUUUUUUUUUUAAAAUUAUUUACCUUUUGAUCUCGACAAGGUGUAAUUUAUUGUUUCUAUUUAAAAAAUAUAUAUAAGAAUCUUUGAAUAUAUUAUAUAUAAGUUGUUUGUUUCACUUUAUUAUGUUAUUUUUUUUUUUUAUGUGCUUACAAUGACGUCCUUGAACUUGUGAUAAGGAAUUCUGUUGUUAAAUCUUUAGUUUACUCAAUCUAGUCAGUUACCUAAUAAUAAUAAAAGAAAAACAGGAAAGACAGCUUUCUGGGCUACAGUGACUGGACUCUUCAACUCUCCAAACCACAUAAUACAUUUAUGUAUGUAUUGAGGUCAUAUACUGGUUAACCGGUGCCAAAGGCCGAACUGUACAUGAAUCUACCUUUGCUAGUUCUACUUUAUCCCAAUCUAUCAGUGACUGGAUGUUGCUUUAACAAAAGGGGUUUUUUUGUUUUGUUUUUUUACCAUUAUAAAGAUUACCAACUGUGUUUUAUGGACUGAACACUGUGUUUUAUUCUACAGUGAUAUAUAUUAUUAAUGAGUGAUCUGCUAUGAAAUAUUUGUGAUCAAUCUGUUGGAGUUCAAUGGAAUCUGUGGAGAAUUGCUCAGCUGUGAAUACUAAUUGUGUUUUACAUGGAGUAACUUCUACAUAUUUCGGAUUAUAAUUCUAUAGGAGCUUGAUUUCAUUUUCCCAACUAUAAGAGAUCUUAUACACUAGCUCAGUAUCGCUCGACUAAAAAUAAUUUUGGCUCCCUCUCUUUUUUUUCAUCGCAGUUAUUGUGUGUGCUAUAAUUACUUUAUAAGGGGAAAAAGCCUUUCCGUUUCAAAUUUGAUAUUCAUGCAAUGGUUACCUUGUGUGGUGUUUUAAUUGAAAUCAAAGGAUAACUCUAUUUCCAUUGUAUUGAUAUUGCACCAGCAUUACUAGCACAUUUUAAACAUUUCCAUGUCUCUAUAUUUUUGUCUUUUAAAAGAGAAAUGUAGUCUAAUUUAUUUCCAUUAGUGCUAUAGCUAUUUAAUCCUUGGAACAAAUGUCCUUUUAUUAUUAUAAUAUAUAUAUGAAUGAAUGAAUGAUUUCGAUGAAUAUUAAAACUUGUAUGUGUGACAUAUAAUAUGAAAUAACUGCUAUAUUCAUGAAGCUGCCUAAAUAUUUUGGCAACAAUAGAUCUGUUACAAAUCUUUAUUAUAUAUUCAAGAACAAAAUUUUUGUUUUUUUUUGUUUUAUAAAAUAUAGAACAAUUCUUCCCUAAUAUAGCAGAAAUAAAUUGACUGCUACUUUGGGUUGUUAAUGUAUGUUUGUUGUAUUCAACUGGGGUUAAAUUUUUUUCCAGUGUUCUAUAAAUGUAUGUUAUAAAUUCCCAUUCCCAUUGAAACCUUGAUAUUUUCCUAUGAUGAAUUCACGUUAAAAAUCCCUUGUUUGCUCAUUAAUCUGUAAAAUCUAAUUGAUUAUUCCUCUACUUCAAUGAAUUUUUUAUACCCUUUUCUCCAACUUUUGCAUUUCACAAAGCUUUUUGUAUUUUUGAUCUGUAGAUGUUAGAUUCAAUUUUACAUUUUUCUUAGAACUGUAAAGUCACAAUUUAAAAUUAAAAUGAACACUUGCAUACUUUUUUUCCCAAAACAUUUUUUUAAAUUUCUUUUUGAAUGUAGUUGAGUAUAGAUAUUGCCAUUGACAGUAGUGUACACCAUAUGAACAAAAAAAAAUACAGUUAUUGUGAAAUGAAACCUGCUUUUGAUGUCCAUUAUAAUUUAUGCCAUUAUUAAUUUAAAAAUGAAUUAUUACUGCAAAUUUUAAUAUUCUGAAUAUUAGUUGUUUAAUAUUGCAAAUUUUGAUAUUCUAAAUAUUAGCAUAAAUAGUGUGAACUUCUUUUAAUUUAGUUUUAGAAUUAUUAUUUUAGAGUCCUGUUUCACUUAUAUUAAGAUUAAAUGUUGCAUCAUUUCAAACUUUUUGUGAUACUUUCAUUGACUUGCAAGUAUAUAAAACAAAAAUUGAUUAAAAUCCUGUUAUAACAUCUAUGUAUGUAAAACGCAGCAAGAAAAAGGAAUUUACAUUUUAUAUUAUGCAAUUUGCAUAAGCUUAAUCUUUAAAAAAUUUCUUGAGGUGAGCACCGGUUUACAAAGAUCUGUAAGUAAAUUUAAAACUAAAAACAGAGAAAAGAGGGGCAUUCUAUUCAACAUUUAUAGGUUACUGAAAGAGUUGAGCAUAUUGUAUGUAUUUUGGUUGUGAAAUGAAUUGAAUAAAUGAAUGGUUGAAAAAGAAAAAGGUAUUAAAUAUUAAAGUUAAACGAUAGCAUAAUGAUGUAACAGGGAACGAUUGAGUAUCUUAUUACUGUAUAUUUCAUAAUACUGACUGUUUAUUAUGGUGUGUUAAAAUAUACCCAAGUGAAUGAUAUAUCAUCCAUGCAUUUAAUGAUAUGUAUGGACUUUUCUCCUUUUUUUUUAUGAGAAUAAUAUUGUUGAAACUUCUAUGUUUACAGCUCUUUAUAAACGUUCAUUUUCUUUUGGUUUUUUCGUCAGUUGUCAAGACAUUGUUGUAAAUCAUGCAUGUAUUCAUAAUUGUACAAUUUGUGUUAAAAAAUUAAAUUUUAAAAAAGUCAAGAAAAAUCUAAUCGAAAUAUAA